AUGGCCGACCCUGCGUGGUGGAAGCUCACCUUCCUGAGGAAAAAGAAGUCAGAGUCGAAGGUCCAGUAUGAAAUACCACCCGAUUUCAGCACCAACAAUGCAAACAAAGACCUGGGCAACGAUGAUGCAGACAGCAAUUUAGAUGCCAGACUGGAAAAAAUAGUGGAUAAAUCUAACACCAAGGGCCGUCACGUCAAAGUCUCCAAUUCUGGGCGGUUUAAGGAGAAGAAAAAGAUUCGUGCAACCCUGGCGGAAAACCCAAGCCUUUUCCCCGAACCUGCUCUGACUGACAAGAGCCAUGUGGAAAAAUAG